GAUCAACGCAGAACAAACAAAAACGAAAGUAGAUUUGAGUUUAGCAAGGAAGGUUUUGACAGAGGACGAUGACCAUCGUUUUUCUAUGAGGAAACGGACUUCAACUCAAGUCACGUGCCCUGCUCACCGCAAAAUAUGCAUUUUCCGUCAUGAUAGCCCUGACACCACCUGUCAGCUCUCCCUCUGGCCCAGCCUGACCCCAUCCAGUUCGUAGCGGACUAAUAAUAUGGACCCCACAAUGACGGCAACUCCGAGGGAAGUGCUGAGGAACACUCUGGACAACCUCACAGGGGCCGAAUUUAAGAGGUUUAAGCACUACCUUCAGGACCAGGGCCAAAUCGCAUGGGGAAAGCUGGAGAAGGCCGACACAGACGACACUGUGGACUUGAUGGUGCAGGUGUACAGCACGGGAGCUGGGGACAUCAUGCUGUCCAUUUUGAAGAAGAUUAAACACAACCAGUUGGACUUGGAGAGAGAUCUGGGAAGAUGUCUGUUCAGAGGGGAUGGUGGGGUCAAAGCGGACAUCACUGCUCACUCUGGAGGGAUAGUGAACGCCCCAGCCUUGAGCAGAGGAUCACCCAUGCUACAACAAGGAGGGGAUUUCAAUGCAGCAGAGAAGAUUAAAUCACUAAACCCGAGGCUUCAGGAGCACCUGAAACAAAGGUUUUCUGUUGUACAUCAAGAGUCUGGAGUUUCUAGUGUACAAGAUAUCUACACUGACCUUCACAUUGUAGAGGGCCGCACAGGUGAAGUGUCGACAAAUAACAUGAGCCAGAUUGGGAGAGGACCAAGCUCUUCAGAUAAGCCACAGACACACAGACCAGUGUCUCCAGUGCCCAGCUGUGUGUCUAUGAAGAGUGACCGGUCCAUGGGACGCCCUCCCAAUUUCAGCAGUGGACCACCACAAUCUGAUCCAAAGUCAGUUGUCAGCUAUUAUAUUUGACAUGUUUGCAUGUUACACAUACAGAUAAGUACAAAAGU